AUGAGGGAGUGUAUAAACCCCGCUGUGGUUGGAUCACCUGCACAGAGCUCUACCAUGUCCAAGAGCGCGCAGGCUGCACCUCACAUCGCCAGCAGGCUGCGGUGCCCACAGGGCAGCGGGCUGGAGAGCCUGGCACCACUCGUAACAUCAGUGGAAGAAACACCCAACCCCAUUCCCACAACAGUCAGUGGCAACGUUCCCUCAUGGAUCAAUGGGAGCUUCCUCAGGAAUGGCCCUGCAAAGUUUGAGUUUGGAAAUGACAGAUAUGUGCACUGGUUUGAUGGUAUGGCCAUGAUGCACAAGUUCCAUAUAGAAAAUGGACAAGUCACGUACAGCAGCCGUUUCCUCAGGAGCGACUCUUACGUCCAGAACUCUGAAAAGAACCGUAUCGUGGUGUCAGAGUUCGGGACGUUAGCUAUGCCUGAUCCCUGCAAAAACAUCUUUGCACGCUUCUUCUCACGUUUCCAGGUUCCCAAAACUACAGAUAACGCAAGUGUGAACUUUGUCAAGUACAAGGGAGACUAUUAUGUCAGCACCGAAACCAACUACAUGAGACGCAUAGACCCACAGAGUCUGGAGACAAAGGAGAAGGUGGACUGGAGUAAGUUUAUAGCGGUGAACUCUGCCACAGCCCACCCCCACUAUGACAGAGAGGGAGCCUCUUACAACAUGGGGAACUCCUAUGGCAAACAAGGCUUCUUCUACACUAUCAUCCGAGUGCCUCCUCCUGAUGAGACAGCAGCAAAGACUGACUGUGCAGACCUGAGCGGGGCCAAAGUAAUCUGCUCCAUCCCGGCCACUGAACCCAGGAAGCCAUCCUAUUACCACAGCUUUGUCAUGUCUGAGAACUAUAUUGUGUUUGUGGAGCAGCCGCUCAAACUGGAUCUGCUCAAGUUCAUGUUGUACCGGAUUCAGGGCAAAAGCUUCCAUAAAGUCAUGAUCUGGGAACCCAAGAACAACACCGUCUUCCAUCUGGUCAACAGACACACAGGAAAGAGAAGUGAGGUGAAGUUCCAGAGCGCACCUAUGUUCGCGCUGCAUCAGAUAAACGCCUAUGAAGACAAUGGCUUUUUGGUGAUGGACAUGUGUUGUGGAGAUGACGGCGAGCUUAUUGGGGACUUCACUUUGGAGAAUGUUCGCAGAAAAUCAGGAGAAGAAAUGGAUAAGUUUUACAAUGCCCUGUGCAGAAACCUUCCCAGGAGAUAUGUCUUACCUCUGAAUGUGGAUGAACAGACACCACUUGACCAAAACCUGGUCACUCUCAGUGGUUGCACAGCCACAGCCGUUAUGACCAAGUCCAAGGAGGUGUUUUUGACUCACGAGGAGCUGCAUGACGACACACUGCUGCAGUACGGAGGCCUGGAGUUUCCUCAGAUCAACUACGCUCAGUACAACUGCCGGCCUUAUCGCUACUUCUACUCCUGCGGCUUUGGACAUGUGUUCAGUGACUCCCUGCUCAAGAUGGACGUCAACACAAAGGAACUUAAGGUGUGGCGCUAUCCGGGCUUGUACCCGUCUGAGCCUGUCUUUGUAGCUUCGCCGGGAGCUACCGAAGAGGAUGAUGGAGUGGUCUUGUCUGUCAUCAUCACUCCCAGAAAAGAGAAAAGUACUUUUCUGUUGGUUCUGGACGCCAAGACCUUCACAGAGUUGGGCAGAGCGGAGGUGCCUGUCAAUAUUCCGUAUGGGACCCAUGGCGUGUUUAACGAGAUGGGCUAG